GGUAAAUGGACGUUUGAUGUGGUGUUUGUCAAGUUUGUGCUAUUGUGUGUUUACAGUGAUUUUUAUCCCGUUACUAUAAUCCGAAUUGAAGUUUAAGCUUUUAAGGAGUAGAUGAAGGUGACAGAAUGUCUCGCAAUAAAGACAAGCAUGAGGGCGCUAGCGGGCGCACAUACCACAUUAUGUCGGAGGCGGAGCGGGCAUCUGGCAGGCGCGGUGGCUGGAAUACGCUUGAGAUAACAGGAGGUGUGCGCGCUCUGGCGCCUCCACUGUUUCAACUGACGCACCUGACCGCGCUGUACUUGAACGACAACUCGCUGCAGAAGAUCCCGCCGGACAUCAGCCAGCUAACGAACCUCCACACGCUCGAUAUGUCAAACAAUAAACUUAGGAACCUGCCCGCUGAGCUCGGAGAUCUGAUACAGCUAAGGGAACUUCACCUACACAAUAAUUACCUCAGAGUGUUGCCAUACGAUCUCGGCAAGCUUUUCCAUCUUCAGUUGCUUGGACUACAGGGCAACCCGCUAAGCAAGGAAAUGCUUUCGAUAUACAACGACAACAAUGGCACUGCCAAGCUGCUGACAUAUCUACUCGACAAUUUACAAGGUUAG